UCGACAACCACAAAGCCUUCAUUCUGACCCGUUCAUAUGAUGAUCAGUGGGUAAGUAGGGUAGAGGUAGGCUCAGCUUGGCGGGAAGUCAAUGAGACCGAGGGAUUGGAUUCUUUCCAUCCAUCCCUUCAACAUUGCCACAUAAAACCCUCCAGCCGCACUGUUUUCCAGCUCUAUAUGAUUUUGAUGUCUUUGAACUUGACCCUUAUUCCAUCCAGAAGUAAUACCCUGUGAUACCCCAGAGCCGUUCUCAGUAUCGUGAUAAGUCGUUGGGUGGUAGAACCACCUUGAUCUGUUAUCAUUUUCCCACUUAUAUACUCUCGACCCUUCGGAUACCCAGCAAACAUACCUAUCCAACGCAUUUCUUUCAGCAACAAACCUAUCUAAACCGCGGGUGCUUUCAUCACUUGUCUUGGCAUUCCCAACCUUUAAACCUAAUAACAACCUACUCUUCCUGUUACAACCAUUAUUAUCAAUCUAAAAGUCUUUACAGACAACAGUUCAUCAAGAUGAACAAAUCUCGCCCCCUCCUCGCCCUACUCUCCCUCUUCUUCAUCGCCAUCUCCCUCAUCCUCCUAUGGUUUGUCAUCCUCUCCGGCAUCACGCGGACCUCGCCCCUUCGACAGACAUACUUCCUUCGCGCCGACACCAGCGGUAUCAGCGGCGCCCGCGACGUCUCACAAUGGACAUACUUCAAGGUGUGCGGCCUCAACAACCUGGACUGCGGCCCCGCCCGUCCUGCGCUGCCCCUCGGUGAUGCCUGGGAUAGCAACCCUGCUGGUGCGCCCGCUGGUCUUACGGGCAAGUAUGGCGGACACACCACCAGCCAUUACUUCUGGUACAUGUGGCGUUUCGGCUGGGUCUUCUUCCUGCUUGCGCUCUUCUUCGAGACCUUGGCUUUCUUCUCGGGCUUCUUGGCUUGUUUGGGACGCGUGGGCGCUGCGGUGUCGGGAAUGAUUGCUUCUUUGGCGCUGGUUAUGUUCAGUAUCGCUGUUUCUUUGAUGACCGCCACCUUUGUUAAGAUGCGCAACCAUUUUCACCGCGACGGCCGCGAGGCCCACCUCGGUCGGUACGCCUUCGGCUUCGCCUGGGGCGCCUGGGCCGCUUUAGCCAUCAGCACCGUCUUGUUCCUUUUGGCCAUGCUCAAACGCGACAAGAACCACUAUGUCAACCGCCGCGCCACUUAUGCUACCGAAGGUCACGAUCACGUUGUCGCAGACGGCCCCGUGACGGGCCCUAGCGAAAGAAGAAAACGUGGCGUUUUCAACUGGGGCCGCCGUAGCAACAGUGGCAAGUCCUUCGAUGGACGGAGGGUCAAGGAUGACUACUAAAUGCAAUGCGCAACUUACACAGUGAGCAAACCGCCGGUCAUAACGCCAUCGCCGGCGCCGCCGGUGAUGAGCAGUGGUCCGGCGCCGGCACCGGCGUUGGGAACGGCGAUUCUAGAUCAUGCAAAUGCGGAUCGGUAUGCACCUUACCGACCGCCCCAUCUUGCGAGAUCAGGUCUAGCGGCUUAAAACCGAUGAGGUAAACAAACAAGAAAAAAAAAUGGGGAUGAGAAAGGAACAGAUGAAGAGGAGAUGCCUGUUAGUCGGACGGACAUUUGGACGUGUGAUGUAUGAUGGCAAGAUGGUUGCAGCUUGGACGAGAGACAAAACUGACGAGUCUUGUAAUGAUGAAAUGACAAUGAGAGAUGAUACCUUUUGGGAAGGGGGCUGGAACGUUUGUUUUUGCUUGGAUUUGGUUCUUUUUCUGAAGUCAAAUUUGACGAAGGAAGAAAGAUGCAGAGACUGAGAUACACUCUUGUAAAGGCGCGAGCCUUUUCUUGAAUGGAGGUCCUUAAUAGUUUUUUUUUUGUUUUUACUCUUCUUUGCUUUGGGCGUUCAAUGUCCUAUGCCACCUAUAAUUGAUUAAUACGUCACCCGCC